AUGAGCUCUCAAGAUGAACCACCUGUGAAGAGGCGCGAGUCUCGAUCGGGGACAAGGAAAGUCUCGACCUUGUCAGUGGAACAACUAGAGCGAAAGCGUGCCAACGAUCGAGAAGCUCAGCGGUCCAUUCGUCAACGCACCAAGGGGCAUAUAGAACAACUUGAAGCUCAGGUCGCCACCCUCCAGUCACAGAUUGCGGAGAUGCGGCUCCAAAACGAGCGGUACGAUGAAGUCGUGCAACAUAAUGCCUUUCUGGAGAAUGAAGUGAUCCGAUUGAAGCAUCAAGUUGCUUCUUUGACUGGCCGACCGGAAUUUGCAUCAAAUAACGAACCGAUGGCUCCAUUUCGAAGUGGGUGGUCUUUGGAAGAAGCCCCGAAUAGUGCAUUGCCGAGCAUCCCAACAACGGGGGCAUUGCUACCGCCACACUUCACUACAACAUCCCACACUCAAAGACCCUCGGGUAUUGCAGCAUUGCGUCGAACGUCUCAUCAGCAUGACUGGCAACAGCCAUAUCCGUCCACAAGAUCGCCGUCGCUCGGCGCAGCCUCCAACCCGGAAUUCCAUAAUCGUAUGGAGCCAUACCCCAUAGAUGGUCAAAUGCAUCAAGGACAACCAAUCUGCCCUCCCCAGCAAGAAUCCGAAUCUUCUUUCUCCCAAUUCGCCUACAGCAACCGAUCACUUUCCAUGUCGAGUGCCAGUCCUGUUCCUCAGCCAACCCCCGCCCGAGUCUACCAACCCUCCACAUCAACGUACCCACAACCAAUGCCUCAAUCUCAACAGACGGAUCCGACAUACGAGUAUCCAUGGGUGCCUCCAUCAUGA